UAGGGGAAUUUAAUUCAGUGCAGAGGUUCCUGCUUGCGGAAACUGAGCUGCCUUCAAUCACUUACUUCCUCAUUAGCCCUGAAACAAAGCAGUCUGUAAGCAGCACAGAGGAGCUCCUUGAAGGUUUUUUCCUCCUCCAGAAUGGGAACCCUGAUAUUUGCAUUGCUCUUUGGGUGUCUUCUUACAAGGCAGAGCACACAGUUGGAAAGACAAAAUUGCCAGCGAUGUGACAAGCAGUUCUUUUGUGACUGUUCUGAUGAAAGCCUUCCUCAGGUCCCCAAAGUGCCUGAAGACACCCUGGGAUUCAAUCUUUCCUUCAACCAUAUUGAAAAAAUAACCAAUAAUGACUUUCAUGACUAUAACCAUUUGAAAACUCUCUACCUGCAAAGUAACUGGAUCGCAGAUAUUCACGAAAGUGCUUUUUCCUCUCUCGGGAACCUGGAAAGACUUGACCUGUCCUACAACCGCCUCACCAGUUUAUCCUCAUCUUGGUUUGACUGGCUUAUCUCACUGCAGCAUCUAAACCUAUUAGGAAAUACCUACCAAACGUUAGGGACAGGAUUCCUUUUUGCCCGGCUGGGGAGGAUGAGAAGCUUGCUGUUUGGGAAUCCCUCGUUUUACUCCAUGGGCAAGAAUGACCUGGUGGGCUUGAGAGAUCUGGAUGAGAUGGUUCUAUCAGGCAACAACCUGGUACAUUAUGAGGAUGGCAGCCUCAGUAAAAUCCGACUCAAUGGUUCUCUUACACUUUGCCUUGACCAUCUAUUUCAGAAAGAUCUGGGUCUUCUGACAAUCAUCUUGAGGGAUAUCUGUAGCCCAGAGACUUUUCUGAUUAUUGCUGAUGUGAUGCUAAAUAAUAAUCCCACAAUCCAGCCAUUUGUUCAAGCUAUGAAGAAGGGUGUGACGAAGAUUCUUUUAAAGAAUGUGACAGCAACUGAUGAAGCCAUAAUUCACUUCUUGCAAGCAAUGGAUAAUGCUCCAUUGAUGUUUUUUGGAGUUGAGGAUUCACUGUUACUUGGACGUGGCUUUUGGGACAAGGUAAAUGCCACACGUCAUGACAAGCUGGAAACAUUGUACAUAAAAAAUCUAGCAAUUCAAGAUUUCUAUGCCUUUAGUUCUCUAACUUACCUUGCUAAUAUCCUAAAGUACCCCAAAAACAUCUCUGUCAUUAACAGCGAAGUCUUCCUCAUGCCCUGCCCGACCUCUAAGCUCUUGAAAAAGCUGGAGUAUCUGGACUUCACUGGGAACUUACUCACUGAUCUUGCCAUGAGAGAGUCCAUGUGUGGUGGACGAGGUACAUUGUUAAAGCUCAGAUUUCUUAAUGUGAGCAAGAACUCUCUCAAGUCUCUUGCUCUUAUGAACCAAUUAGUCAGCAAUCUCAACAAGCUUGAGUCCUUGGAUUUAAGUCAAAACCUAUUUUCUGUCAUGCCGGAAGAGUGCACUUGGCCUACAAGUCUGCAAUACUUAAAUCUGUCAUUGACCCAAUUAGGGAAAAUUACAGAAUGUCUUCCAAAGAGUUUGCACGUCUUAGAUUUAAAUGGCAAUCACCUGACUGUGUUUGACAUAGAACUACCGUACCUCAAAGAGCUGUACAUCUCAGGCAACAAGUUCACAAGUUUGCCCUCAGGAAGGUGGUUCCCAAGACUGGAGUUGCUGCUGAUCCAACAAAAUGUGCUCAACAUGUUUGAUGCAAAUGAUUUAAAGGAAUAUAAGAACCUGCGGAAUCUGGAAGCUGGCUACAACAAAUUUGUGUGCUCGUGUGAAUUCUUGGCUUUUAUGCAGCAGAAGGUCAGUCAGUUAGUCAAGAUUGGUGAUGGACCUGAGAGCUAUGUGUGUGACUCACCAGUCACUCUAAGAGGACAGCUGGUUGCAGAUGCACACCUCUCCAUCUUUGAGUGUCACAUGAUGGUGGCUGUGUCUGGGCUGUGCACUAUUGUCUUUCUGGCAAUGCUUAUCUGUGGGAUCCUUUGCUACAAGCUCCAUGUUGUUUGGUACGUAAAGAUGACCUGGGCUUGGCUUCAAGCUAAGAGGAAACCAAAGGUCAAUGCAAACAACGACAUCUGCUAUGAUGCUUUUGUUUCUUACAGCGAGAGGGAUUCUGAGUGGCUUGAGGAGUUCCUGGUCCCAGAGCUGGAGGGAGCCCAUCCGCCAUUUCGGCUCUGCCUGCACAAACGUGACUUCCUUCCUGGGCAGUGGAUAGUAGACAACAUUAUCAAUGCUAUGGAGAAAAGCCACACCACUCUCUUUGUCCUGUCCCGGCACUUUGUCAGCAGUGAAUGGUGCAAGUAUGAGCUUGAUUUCUCCCACUUUCGCCUGUUUGAUGAGAAUAACGACACUGCUGUCCUGAUUCUGCUGGAGCCCAUCGCCAAGGAAACCAUUCCCAAGAGGUUCUGUAAGCUGCGUAAAUUUAUGAACUCAAGAACCUAUUUGGAGUGGCCAGAAGAUGAGGAGCAAAGACCUCUAUUCUGGCACAAUCUUAAAGUAGCAAUUAAGAGAGGCGACUAACUUGCCUUUGAAAGUACUAGUCUCAAUGGCUAUUUUCUAUUUGCUAACAUGACUCAUUUAACUUGUGUAAGUAAUAUUUAACCUCAGAGAUAUGAACUUCACAGUUAAGCACUGACCAGUCAACAACAUAAGGUAUGUAACCAGAAAUGGCAUAAACAAAUCGGCCUUGUCUGUAUUAAGCUCUUAAUUAUUAAUGCAAAAUUUCAAGCAUUAAACUGAAGUGAGUCACACAUUCCACUGACAUAAAACUUAUUAUGCUAUGAAUCUUAGAGAAAGGGACAAGUCACAGCAGUAUCACAAAAUAUCACAAUGAAGAAAAGCCAAUGGUGAUAAAAAUAAAAUAGCUACUAUAAAAUCAGUUCUCAGAAGAGGUCAAAGCUAGCAGCAUCACUGAAAAAGCCUUGUGUCUUUCAAAAAGUCAACAAAGGAAGUGUUGUUUAGAGCUAUAACAUAAGACUAACCUUUAUUUUAUUUAUUUUCUAUCUAUUUGUAUUUUGACAUCACUUUCAUACUUAAUUUCCCCACACUUCUAUUGCUUCUGGAUUCCUGUCUUAUAGCAUAGCAUUCUAUAGCAUGUUUACUGACACAAUGAGAAAUACACUUGCAUGUAAAGACUUGCAUUUAUCGGGUCAUACAGGUGUCAUUAGUUGGGGCUGUAAGGUGGCUCAUCCUAGCCAUCCUGGGUUCUGGUGUAUGUGCCAUGGUCUGAUCCUCAGUGCCCCUUCAGUCUCAUAGGGUCCCGCAUAAUUGACUUGAAUUGCAUUAGAUCUACAUGCUAUAUAUGAUUUGAUACUGUGUGUACUGAUUUUUAUUGUGUGUAUCUUUUAACUGGAUCAAAUAAUAGCUUUUUUAGCAUCAUAUUAAAUAUUUUUAAAGUUGCAGUUGUCUUCAUGAAUCCAAAGAUAGCAUUGAUGUGGAUGUUUACUAUAGCUGCUGUUAUAUCCUCUGCUUGAUUGUGAACCUGUUUUAUUUUGUAAUUUUCAUAAAAAUAUUUCAUUCCUACUACAUUAAUAAAGGUACUUCUAUAAAAAG